AUGAGUGAAAAAAGACCUCUUCCCGUGGUAGAUGUGAAGAUCGAUGACGAGGAUACUCCCCAGUUGGAAAAGAAGAUUAGGCGGCAAUCAAUAGAUCAUGGUGUUGGGAGUGAACCUGUUUCAACAAUAGAGAUUAUUCCAAGCGAUUCUUUUCGAAAAUAUAAUAGUCAAGGCUUCAAAGCAAAGGAUACAGAUUUAAUUGGUACGCAACUAGAGUCCACAUUUGAACAUGAACUGUCUCAAAUGGAACAUGAUAUGGCUGAACAAGAGGAGCAUGAUCUUUCAUCGUUCGAACGUAAGAAGCUUCCGAGUGAUUUCGAUCCAAAUAUAUACGACAUUUCUUUCCAACAGAUUGAUGCUGAACAAAGCGUACUAAAUAGCAUGAAAGAUGAAAAUACAUCGACAGUGGUAAGGUUUUUUGGUGUUACUAGCGAAGGACAUUCUGUGCUUUGUAAUGUUACAGGUUUUAAGAACUACCUUUUUGUACCAGCGCCUAAUUCAUCCGAUGCUAAUGAUCAGGAGCAGCUUAAUAAGUUCAUCCACUACCUAAACGAAACAUUUGAUCAUGCCAUUGAUUCGAUCGAAGUUGUAUCCAAACAGUCUAUCUGGGGUUAUUCCGGUGAUACCAAGUUACCAUUUUGGAAAAUUUACGUCACUUAUCCGCAUAUGGUUAACAAACUGCGUACCGCAUUUGAAAGAGGUCACCUUUCAUUCAAUUCGUGGUUUUCUAAUGGUACGACUACCUAUGAUAAUAUCGCCUUUACAUUAAGGUUGAUGGUAGAUUGUGGAAUUGUCGGUAUGUCCUGGAUAACAUUACCAAAAGGAAAAUAUUCCAUGAUCGAACCGAAUAACAAAGUUUCCUCUUGUCAAUUGGAAGUCUCGAUUAAUUAUCGUAACCUGGUAGCGCACCCUGCUGAGGGUGAUUGGUCUCAUACAGCUCCUUUGCGUAUCAUGUCCUUUGAUAUUGAGUGUGCUGGAAGAAUUGGUGUUUUUCCGGAACCUGAGUAUGAUCCCGUCAUUCAAAUUGCCAAUGUUGUAAGUAUUGCUGGCGCUAAGAAACCAUUCAUUCGUAAUGUUUUUACUUUAAAUACAUGUUCACCCAUAACAGGUUCGAUGAUUUUUUCCCAUGCCACAGAAGAGGAGAUGUUAAGCAAUUGGCGUAAUUUUAUCAUAAAGACAGAUCCUGAUGUUAUUAUCGGUUAUAAUACUUCAAAUUUUGAUAUACCCUACCUUUUAAAUCGUGCAAAGGCGCUGAAGGUGAAUGAUUUUCCAUAUUUUGGAAGAUUGAAAAACGUGAAACAAGAAAUCAAAGAAUCUGUUUUCUCUUCGAAAGCUUAUGGUACUAGAGAAACCAAGAACGUCAAUAUCGAUGGCCGUUUGCAGCUGGAUCUUUUACAAUUUAUUCAACGUGAGUACAAAUUAAGAUCUUACACAUUAAACGCAGUCUCUGCGCACUUUCUGGGUGAACAGAAGGAGGAUGUUCACUACAGUAUCAUUUCUGACCUACAAAAUGGUGAUAGUGAAACAAGAAGAAGGUUGGCUGUUUACUGUCUGAAAGAUGCCUAUUUACCUUUAAGACUUAUGGAAAAGUUAAUGGCUUUGGUUAAUUAUACUGAAAUGGCUCGUGUUACCGGUGUGCCCUUUUCGUACUUAUUGGCUCGUGGUCAACAAAUCAAAGUUGUUUCUCAAUUAUUUCGGAAAUGCUUGGAAAUUGAUACAGUUAUUCCAAAUAUGCAAUCUCAGGCCUCUGAUGAUCAAUACGAAGGUGCCACUGUCAUUGAGCCUAUUCGUGGGUAUUAUGAUGUGCCGAUUGCCACUUUAGAUUUCAAUUCUUUAUAUCCAAGUAUUAUGAUGGCGCACAACCUGUGUUAUACCACUCUGUGCAAUAAAGGAACCGUGGAAAGGUUAAACUUCAAAAUUGAAGAAGAUUACGUGAUUACACCUAAUGGCGAUUAUUUUGUUACUGCAAAAAGGAGGCGUGGUAUCUUGCCAAUCAUCCUGGAUGAACUGAUCAGUGCCAGAAAACGUGCUAAAAAAGAUUUGAGAGAUGAAAAAGAUCCAUUUAAAAGAGAUGUUUUAAAUGGUAGACAAUUGGCUUUGAAGAUUUCAGCUAACUCAGUCUACGGUUUUACUGGGGCGACGGUAGGAAAAUUACCAUGUUUAGCCAUUUCUUCAUCUGUUACUGCAUAUGGUCGUACUAUGAUCUUGAAAACUAAAAAUGCGGUUCAAGAAAAGUACUCCAUCAAGAAUGGUUAUAAGCACGACGCUGUUGUGGUUUAUGGUGAUACUGAUUCUGUUAUGGUGAAAUUUGGCACGACAGAUCUAAAGGAAGCUAUGGACCUUGGUACAGAGGCAGCUAAAUAUGUUUCAACUCUUUUUAAGCAUCCAAUUAACCUAGAAUUUGAAAAAGCAUACUUCCCGUACUUAUUAAUCAAUAAAAAACGUUACGCAGGUUUAUUUUGGACUAAACCUGAUAAGUUUGAUAAGUUGGACCAAAAGGGUCUUGCUUCUGUUCGCCGUGAUUCAUGUUCUUUGGUCUCUAUUGUUAUGAAUAAAGUUUUGAAGAAAAUUCUAAUUGAAAGAAAUGUAGAUGGUGCUUUAGCAUUUGUGAGAGAAACUAUAAAUGAUAUUCUGCACAAUAAAGUGGAUAUUUCGAAAUUAAUCAUAUCAAAAACAUUAGCACCAAAUUACACCAAUCCACAGCCACACGCUGUAUUGGCCGAACGUAUGAAGAGGAGAGAAGGUGUUGGUCCAAACGUUGGUGACCGUGUAGAUUAUGUCAUUAUCGGUGGUAAUGAUAAACUUUAUAAUAGAGCAGAAGAUCCGUUGUUCGUACUAGAAAACAAUAUUCAGGUGGACUCACGCUACUACCUAGCUAAUCAAUUACAAAAUCCAAUCAUUAGUAUUGUUGCGCCUAUUAUCGGUGACAAGCAAGCAAACGGUAUGUUUGUCGUUAAGUCCAUCAAAAUUAACACUGGUUCGCAAAAGGGAGGCUUAAUGAGUUUCAUCAAAAAGGUCGAAGCAUGUAAAAGUUGCAAAGGCCCAUUGAAAAAAGGUGAGGGUCCUCUUUGUUCAAACUGUCUAGCAAGAUCUGGAGAACUGUACAUCAAGGCAUUAUACGAUGUCAGAGACUUGGAAGAAAAAUACUCAAGGUUAUGGACACAAUGUCAAAGAUGCGCAGGCAACUUGCAUAGCGAGGUCUUGUGUUCAAAUAAAAACUGUGACAUUUUUUACAUGCGUGUUAAGGUUAAGAAGGAGCUGCAAGAAAAAGUUGACCAACUAAGCAAAUGGUAA